AUGCCGGAGGAGAGCUCCGUGGCGGGAGCCACUCGUAUCAAACGGAACACGGCGUGCACAUCAUGUCGAGAUGCCAAGGUUCGGUGCAACCCAAGUCAAAAUCCAUCACAGCCAUGCCAGCGUUGCUUAAAACUCAACUUGCAAUGUGUCGUUGACAAGACCCACAAGAGAGUCAGCAGGAAGAGCAAACUGGAUGAGUUGGUGCAAGAGAUACAGUCUAUCAAGCAGAGCGUUGGUGAUCGCCCAACCACCCAGCAAAACACAGCGUUACCAUCUACCUUCAAAGAUCAAGCCAUGCCUCGGAUUGGCAUGCCGUCGCCAGACUUGAGUAGACUCAGCGUUUCACACAGUAGUAAUCACGCAACCACCACCUCUACUGGGCUCACUCCAGCGCCAACGUUUGUGAUAGAAGCAAAUGUGGAACCGAGUCUCUCUAGAGCCUUGGGCAAUAUGCCAUUCUCCGGUCCAGAUAUAGAUUUUUACUUCAUGAAAUAUUUCGAACAUUUUCAUCCUUAUAUGCCCAUCGUGCGGCAUCGUGACCCAAAUAAGCUGUAUGAGACUGGCGGCGUGUUGUUCUGGACAAUCAUCAUGAUCGCCUGUCGCCGCUAUGCACGCGAUCCCAAGGCUCUGUCCUUCCUUACGGAAGCCGUCCGAGCCGAAAUGUUCUCGGCCAUUUCAAAAUUGCCCCUAUCAAUCCAUGUUGUCAAUGCUCUUAUACUCGUGAGCACAUGGGUGUUCCCGGACGUCCGGUUCAUCAAUGACCCAACUUCCAUCUUCUCGGGUGUAAUCAUGAAUGCUGCUUUAUUGCUAGGCAUUCACUCAGGCAAGGGAUCGCAUCCCGAAUAUAGUAUUGGCAUGUUCCAGAACAACUUUAGUGAUGAAGAGGCCCAUUACACUUGGGCAGGAUAUUGCAUCACAGCACAAAGGCAAGUACUAUCCGUUCGGCUACCUCCAGUUGGAAGUAUAUUCAACCAGACUGUACAAAAUGUCAUUGAUGGCAACACACCUUUUCAUGUCUCUGGUAGCUUCCGUGUGCUGCUAGAAUGUCAAAAAUAUGCGAAUCGAGUGAGCAAAACAAUGGCUGCAUGCCUAGACGAGACCCGGGGCGUUUCUUCUCACCUCGUGCGACACCUCGAGGAUGAGUUUGAUCACAUCCGAGGGCUCAUAUGCUCAGAGCGCGCAGACGACCUUGAUCGCUGGAAUGCCUUGUUGGUGCAGUUGGAGAUACAGGCCUAUUACCUGAUACCUCUCCCCGGCUAUAAUGCAGAAAAUUUGAAGCGUAAUGUGAUCCGAGCCUACACGACCGCUCAAACUGUUGUGCAGGUUGCCCUAGAGCUGGAAAAGUCUCACGGCUUUUUGAAACAUAUGCCUCACUUUUACUUUAGAAGUCUUCUCAGCGCAUACUGUAUCAUUUACAAGGUAUUACGCUCUGCUUACAUGGACUUUCUCGACCGCGCACAAGCCGAGCAGGCGGCAAACGAAGUCAUCAAAUCAUGUCGGCAGUCAGUCGUCAUGGACGCCGACUUGCCAGAGCGCCUCGGCAACCUAUUGGAGUCAAUCUGGAAUUGGGCCCAGCUCGUAAGGUGGCACGAAGAGCCCGUGUCGAUAUUUUCGCACCGGUUAUCGGCGUCGAUUGUAUUUGACUGCUUGAAGAGAUGGAAGAGCGACAUGGAUUCGCGGCCCAAGAGCCAACCCCCGCCGGCAAACGGAACCGAGACGCCAGCGGCAAUCAUGGUGCCAGAUCCCCUGGCCAAUAUUGAUUGGAGCUUCAUGGAUGAUUUUGACUGGAACAUAGAGCCUACACUUUUGGGUCCAGGUAUUGCUCCGGGUAUAGCUCCAUAG